AUGGUGCGGCUGUUAACUGUCCAGAUAAUCGUUUUCAUUGCCCUGGCCGUCGUAGCUGAUGCGCUCGUUAAGGAAAUGGGUAACAAGACACUGGCAAACGUCAACAAUGAUCUUAAGAAACUUGAAACCAGAAGGCGCUUGAAAAAAAAGAAGAAAAGCAGAUCCACGUCAUCUUCUUCUAGAGAGAAGAAAAGGACCUCCUCUGAAGAAAGCGGGGAAAGUCUAAAAAUGUCUGUGUCUAGCGAUUCAUCAUCGAGUGAUUUGUUCAAAGUGAAAAAAAAACGUGUAACUCCGAAGUCUAGUCUCGAAAGGAAGGGAUGGAGAAAAUGGCACCGUAAAUGUCCUAAAUGCCCGGAAGAUAUGGUGAAGAAAUGGCGAGAUCCCAGCAUCAAGUGGAUAUGCGGCGCUUACCAGCGAGCACGUCGCAGCUUCAAGAGUGAAUGCAUGAUGCAUUACAGAAACUGUCAGGAUGGGACAAUGUUCGUGGAGAUCCAUAAGGGUCGGUGCAAGAACGACAGCCGCGGUGACCCACAACCACACGGCGACCACUUCUUUUACGAGUACAGAGUGGAGAUAAGCGGCGACUCCACCAGCGACGGCUCAAGGUCAACCUCAUCGAAAGAGAGCAGGGAAAUGUCAACGUCCUACGAGGAAUUCAAA